CAUCACAACUCCAUGAACGACAUUCUCGUGAUUGCUUCAAACACCGGACUUCAUCUUCCAUUGCAUGUGUAACUGACAUGAUCAUGCUUCCGGUGCAUUUGUUUGCCUUCGCAACGAGAAUUCUGAAGGCAAUUGAAAAGCUUCAUUCCUCUCACUGUCUAUAAGAUCGUCAACCAUCAUCAACAAGACGACGACUAACAACGGCAGACGACUAACAACGGCAGAAGUGCGACGAUGGCGAAGCUGUCUACGGUUUGCUUGCUGUUGGCAUUCGUGGUCACUGGGCAUUUGAUGUCAGGCAGCCUCGCCAAGCCCAAAGACCACAAAGCUCCCAAGAAAGGUCCCGAAGAUCACAAAGGUCCCAAGUGCAAGGGUUGGCACGAUCUGGUUUCGCAGUGCUCGCGCUACGUAGCGGUCGGCAAACCGGUGGAUAUUCCCACAAAACACUGCUGCAAGGUGGUCAAGAAAGCCGACUUUUCAUGUGCCUGCAAGAAAAUUACUGCUUCUCGCCACAAGAGGAUCAACGUGAAGAAGCUUGUGCUCGUGGCCAGCUACUGCGGGAAACGGCUUCGCCAUGGUACUCACUGUGGAAGUUUUACGAUUCCGCCGACUUCUGCAGCUUAGAGGAGUCUCGGGGGAACGAAGGACGUCAAGAAUAAACGUUAUCAGGUCAUUCGUAAAGAUGUCAUCCUGAAGGGGUUGUCGAACACUGUUAUGGACUAUGGUGGAGCCAUUAAUUCAAUAACAUAUCAUGACUUAUGCA